AUGCCCGUGCGUGUGUGGGGUCUGUGGGGGGUGCAGGUGAAGGCGGUGUCGCGGCUGUACCACAGGAACCUGGUGCGCCUGCUGGGCUACUGCAGCGACCACAUGGAGCAGGUGCUCGUGUAUGAGUACGUGCCCAACGGUCCCCUCUUCGACCACCUCUACGGCACCAUCAAAGGCAAGCCCUCCACCGCGCAUGCUCCCCUCGCCUCAUUUGCAUCUGGUUCCUUCAGAUUUUCUCAUCGAAUCGCCGCACCGUGCCCUUGCUUGCUCAGGUGCUCAUGUCCAGGGCAGCUGCUGUCGUUUGAGCAGGGCGUGGGAGCGGCAAUAGGGCUGGCGGAGGGGCUGGUGUACCUGCACAACCACACUGAGCGCCCCACCGUGCGCCGUGACAUCAAGCCCUCCAACGUGCUGCUCACCCAUGACUACCAGGUAGGUAUCCGCCCACUGCCCUCUCCUGCCGCCUGGGCCAUGCCCAUCAGCACCGUGCUUCCAAGGCCAGCCCCUCACAGGGCGCUAGUCAUUCAGAAGGCGAGCAGUUCUCAGUCUCCAUGUGAAGAUAGCGGACUUGGGGUUGUUGAGGGAGGUGGGCAAGGAGGAGAUGGGCACGUUCACCAAGGUGGCGGGCACACGGUGGGGGAGCUGCCGGCGGUGCCACUGCUGGAGCAGCGCCACACGGGGGGGUCGGCCAUCAACCUGAGCUGGUCGCAGGAGGGCUCCAGUGAGGGCCGCCGCAUGGGUGAUUCGGGCAGCUGGGUGGCCAAGAUCCUGGGCCGGGGCAAGCAGGGCACUGCUGCAUGA